UAUUUUUGUAAAUGGACGCAACGGGUGAUGUUACAGAUGCUCUUAGUCAGCUUCCGCCGGAACAGGUUGAACAAUUCCGGAAAUACUUCAACAUGUUCGACAAAGACAACAAAGGUUUUAUAAAAGCAACUCAGAUUGGCCAGAUUUUAAGGACUAUGGGCCAAGCAUUUGAAGAGCGAGAUUUGAAACAGCUUAUUAAAGAAUUCGAUACUGACGGAUCGGGCGAGAUUGAAUUCGAAGAAUUUGCAGCAAUGGUUGCUAGUUUUGUUGUUGAAGAUGAGAAUGCUAGUUUAGAGGAGGAAUUGCGAGAGGCGUUUCGCUUGUACGACAAGGAGGGAAAUGGUUACAUUGCGGUAUCAGAUUUGCGUGAUAUCUUACGGGCGUUGGAUGAAAAUGUCUCCGAGGAAGAAUUGGAUGAAAUGAUUGCUGAUAUUGACACUGAUGGUUCAGGCACUGUCGACUUGGAUGAAUUUAUGGAAAUGAUGUCCGGUGAAUGAUUACUGCUCGAAAACAUCCGAAACAAUGCAACACAAAGCAAAACUCUUUGAAGUAUAUUAAACUAUGCAAUAAAUUGUGAACCAUAACUAAACUAUGUAAUGCUAUAACCUAAUAAGCUAUAACCUAA